ACUUAUAACAGAAGGUGGAAUAAAAUGAGAGCUGCUUUCAUGAAAAAAUAUGACUUUCUUUCGUUCAGUGAGUUUGCUAAUGAAAGCGCCCUAAAAGGUAACUGCGUUCAACAAUGUUGUUUAUUAAAUUUAUAGAAGUGAAGAGAGAAAUCACUUGUAAUGACAGUACUUCAACUAUUACACCAUCGACUAGCAACAUCAAUCAAGGACUUUCAGAUAAUAGUGGUAUGUAUACUAAAUUCAUACGUGAAUAUAUAUCUUAUAGGAUCUCCUGAAGUGAACCUGUGCUCUCCGAAGUUCGUGAAUCGCAAAGAAAUGAUGAAAGACUUGAUGAUUUAUCUAAUGUCAAAUACAUCUCUGAGCAUAAGGGAUGCUGAUCGUGUUCUGUAUGGUCUACGAUUUUUUAUCCCUGACAUACCGAAAAGCAUCAGAGGUGUCCUAAAGACGUGUCCAAGUGUUCAACCAAAGUUUAUCGGCAGUGGAGUUUACUACCAUCUAGGAUUGAAAACCAAUCUGCUAAGAUACGUUGAACUUUGGUUGUGUACAAGUGAUUUUGAUUUUUUAACAUUAUAUAUCAGUGUGGAUGGACUUUCUAUGUCUAGAAGCUCCAAUCAACAGUUAUGGCCUAUACUAGGACGGAUCGUUGCCCCUAAGUUUAGUGACGUGUUCAUGAUAGGGAUCUACGGAGGGAAUAGUAAGCCCGCAGAAUUCAACGAGUUUUCUGUGGACACAAUUUCUGAAAUAAAAGAAAUGACUGACGUGGGUCUUUUUAGUGUAAAGUUUAAUAAAUGUAUAGCUAUUAGGUUGGCGGCUGUUAUAUGUGACGCACCUGCUCGUUCUUCUGUUAGGUACACGGUAAAUCACAACGGUAAGGCAGGUUGCGAUAGGUGUACUGUUCUUGGGAGACGGCUGGAGGGAAAGACGACAUUUCCAAAUGGAGUACAUACCUUAAGAACAGACGACACCUUCCGUCGUCAAUCUCAAUCAAUUCACCAUCAAGGACAUUCUAUUAUGGAAACGCUUUCGAUUGAUAUGAUUUUAACUUUUCCUCUAGAUCCUAUACACAUGGUGUACCUCGGUGUUACCAAAAAACUAGCUAAUUUAUGGAUAGAUUUAGCACGCCGAAGACUGCGCGACUUUAACUCAUGUGCAAUUAGGGACAUAAAUAAUUUAAUAACGGGUUGUGUGGCAAGUACUCCUUCUGACUUUCCCCGUAAAUGCCGUACACUAGACUUUGUAUCGGCAUGGAAAGCUUCUGAAUGUAGGUUGUUUCUUCUGUAUUUAGGCCCGGUUAUUCUUGAAAAAACAUUGCCACAACCUUUUUAUCUUAAUUUCCGGCGUUUAGCGUUAUCCAUGUAUCUGCUUGCACAUCCGAAAUUACAUAAAAAUGUUGUAGAAACCGCCAAAUUAGAUUUACUAAACUUUCUAAAUGAAUACGCAUGGUGUUAUGGGUGUGAAAACUUAGUUUACAAUGUGCAUUCGUUACAGCACCUCCCUGACGACGUUCGUGCACACGGACCUUUAGAUAGUUUUUCAGCCUUUCCAUUCGAGUCUUAUAUGAGACAAAUUAAGAAUUCCGUGCGUGGUGGGUUUGCAGUAGCUAAGCAAGCAGCACAGCGUUAUGCUGAGAGAAUGUCCUUCAGGGAUAGGCUUCAAAUUAGUGGUUUAACAAAUACUACCACAAUAGGCGCUAAUGAUGUCUCCAUUAAACAAGUAAUUAUGUUUAACAACAGCAAAAUAAGUUCAUAUAAACCGGACAAUGUAGUAGUAGUUAACGGCCAGCCCGGUUUAGUUACUGACAUAAAGGAGGAUGGACUGCUAAAAUUUAGGACUUUCACUGACCCACGCAAUUACUUUGAAGAUCCUUUCCCAUCUAGUGAUAUUGGAAUCUUUAUGUGCUCCGUAGUUAGCCAUGAAUACACAUGGGUAUCGGUUCAGGACAUUGAUUGUAAAUGUAUAGCCAUCAAUUGUACCAAUUACAUAGUUGUAAUCCCACUGUUGCAUACUUUAUUGUAAAUACAUUUCGUUUCAUUAGUGUUUAAUUAAUUAUGGUAAACCAUUUACUUACGUCUUAUGUUCUUUUCAGCCAACUAACAAGAAAUACGUUAUUGUUGACGCCCUAAAAAAAAACAACUUAUGAUAGCAUCAAAGAACUGGAUAGUUGGCAAUGACCUUUGCGCUUUUCCGAAUGAGAUGGUCGAUAUACACCUUCAGAAGUGCGACCAAGCUGAUGACAAUUGGUCACUUAUGAAGUGUAAAGUUAUUCAUGAAUUAGGUAAGCUACAAUCAUGGAAACUAUAAUUCACUAUAGAAUCUCUGCAGUCUGCAAAAGAUCUGUUAGCUCCCCUGCAAAUACUGCAAUCUCACCUUGAAAACACUUCAACGGAUGAAAACACUCUGCCACAUAACACUGAGAAGCCCAAGAGGUUUGUACAAUAAUCUUACUAACAUUUCCUAGAGGUGUAAUGAAACGUAAAGAAGAUUUUCUUUACAAUUCAGUAGACUUGGAUGUGGCUGAGAUGCAGGCUGGGAAUAUCCGCGUACAAUAUCCCAAAUUGCGUGUUUUCGACAAAGUGAUAUCUCCAAUCGCCAAGUACGUUUAAUUACUAUUUAGAUAUUCACUAUUUAGUUCAACACAAUUAGAGACAUCACCAUCAACAUCGGAAUGUAGGCAUGUUGGUGGCGCUGUAUUGGACCAGUAAGUAAACUGCAUCAUCUAGUGACCUUUUUCACCUGUGGUAGGUUGUAUACUGUGGUGCUGAAGAUUUCGUCAGCUAUGAAUGACUUGACUAAAACGAUUAACAACAUGUCGUCCGCCAUUACGAACUUGAAUGUUAAUGUUAACCAAUUGCUUUCAAAGUCUAAUGAACACGAAAGACCGCAUGAAUUCGAUUGCGGACUGUCAAGUCAGCAGUUCCCUUUGUCAUCUGAAGAGGAACUACAGAUGCUAGAUACUGGUUUGUCGCAGAAAGAAACCAGGGACAGAUUUGUAAGUCAUUGACAUGAAUUUAAUAAUUUGUUACUAUUACAGAUGGCAAUGGUCACUAGGUUAUCAGGUGACGAUCCGAAAGCGUCCAUGCGCUUUAUUCUGUCGCAUCUGCUGACACCGGAGGUUGCCAGUAAAUUCACGUUACUUGGCACCUCUUCUAAACGAGCACUACAUAAAUGCACGUUUUACAGCUGCAUACGAAGUAACAUAUAUCUAUUACUUAAACUUCAGGUGCCUUAACUCAUCGUUUUUUGUCAUCCUCUGUAAAUGAGAAAGACCUUGGUAAGCUAUACGACAUAGCGACACAAGGUUACUUUCACGACCUUCGAGACAAGAUGAUAAAACGAAAUAGAAGAAAAGAAAAUCAGGUAGGUACUAAUUUAAAGUGAUAACCUCCCUACGGCUCUAUAGUUACAGUCAACAAUACUGACGAACAUAACCGUAAGUUCAGCUUCAAGUAUUUGGUUGUGCAAAAGCAUGUCAUUGAGGUAUGGUCGUGACUUUUUUUGUUUUUUUUUAAAUUCAGAAUUCACAGGACGACUACUCAAUUCUGAUUAGUCCGUGCAAUUACUUUGAUGUUGUACCUCCAUUUCAAUAAACAUUAUUCUUUCAAACAGCUUACUCUUUUACCUACAUGGGAAACUGUUGAAGUGUUGAGAAUGUGUGUCUGAGUUUCAGUGAACUAUUGAUUAAAUGCACAUUUCUUAUGAAUACAUUAUAACCUGUUCGUUCUUUUUCAGAUUAUUUCAAAUAACAAUGUAUUAGCAAUUGCAUUGGAUAUGCAUAACAAUCGAUGCUUCAGCAUGUGCUCUACUGUUGUACAAUAAUACGCUUUUCUUUUUCAAUAAAAUUUUUG